UCAUAGGUCGAUGCUCAACUACUGAGCCACGCCGGUUGGGCUCUUUCUGCUCUUUAGAGAUACCAUUACACAGUCUUUCAGCUUUCAUUUUUGUUGUUGAGAAUUAUGCUAUCCAUCUAACUGUUGCUUUGAAAGUAAUAUUUUCUACCCUGGGGAUGCUUUUAAGUUUUUCUUUGUUGAUUUGAACCUAGGAAUUCAUAGAGAUUCUUAAGUUUAUUGUUUGAUAUCUUUCAUCGUUUUUGGAAAAUUUCUGUCAUUCAAAUAAUCCUGUCUCUCUUUUCCUUCUGGGAUUCCAAUUAACUGCGUUGGAUGUAAGACCUCACUGUAUCCUCAUAUUUCUUACCCUCUCUUCGUUCUGAUCUUUCUCCCCUGACCUAUCUUCUGAUUCACCGUCUCAACUGUGUCUAUUGGCUGUUAAAACUGUUCAUUGAAUUCUUAAUUUCAGUUUUUGUAUUUUUCAGUUACAGAAUUACUCUUUGCUUCUUUUAAAAAUCUGCUAUGUCACUUUCUAUGGGUUCUACUUAAUUGCUGAGAUCAAGUUUGGUUUUCACCUCCUUGAGCAUAGUAAACAUAAUUUAAAUUCUAUAUUUGAUAAUUCUAAUAUUUGGAGUACUGGUGAGCCUCUUUGUGUUGUUUAUAUAGCUUUGAAUCUUGUUGUGUUGUCUCCUCAUGUGCCUGGUUGUCUUUAAUUUUGUGCUGAAAAAUUGUUUAAGAAAUCAUCUGAGACCAAGGCUGAUGUCUUCCAGAAAGGAUUUUAAAUUCUGUGUGUGUGUGUGGCAUCUCUGAGGGAAUCCAGGAUUACUUAAUUUCUGCUUUCGAGAUUUUUUUUUGGCCAACCAGAUAACUCAAGGCCAAGCUGCGUUCUGUGUAUGGCCUGAUUAAUUUUUGGUUUAUCCCUAUUUCUGAGGUGCAGCCCUUCCGGUUCCUAACCUGAAGGUGGGGGAAGAGGAUUUUCCUUUUGUCCCCCUCGGCCUAUCAGGCUGUCAGUUUAACCUCUAGUUUUUCUAGAUUACUUGGCUCUCUGAAUUCCAGUCCUUUAAUGGCUUUGGCACAGUUUCAUAAUCAAACCCAUUAAAAUUUAAUAACUAGUACAUCAUGGGGAGCUGUGGGGACCCCUAAUGGUUUGCCAGGGAUGCAACUAAAGUUCCUCUUGCUAGCUUUCUCUAAAGCCAAAACCUCAGAAAAGCUUUAGCUGUCCACUCUGCUGUUGCCAGCUCUGCCUUAGGUACUAGAGGUGAGUGACUGGGAAGUGGAGCAGGGUGGUUCAGGCAGUCAGGUGAACUUCUGUUAGUAUCUAGCAACAUAAACUUCAUUCACUGAAAUUUCAGAUAGUAAAGAUGAACAAAUGGCUGCGUUCUUUUUUGUCAUCUGUUUGUAUACUGUAACACUUGCUCAUGCUGUCUUCUUUAAACCUUUCACGGUUUGAAUCUUACCUCUUUGGUCUUUUUUUUAGGACACUGUUUUCAGCCUUUUCGUCAAGGUUUUUAUUGUGAAUUAUCGCAUGUCAAACUGGACAAGGUAUCAUAGUUGAAGUUGCACCAGUUGACAAAUUGGAGACUUCCAGACUACUGAAAAGGUGCUUGCUUACAGAGCUGGAGAUGUGAAUAAGACUCCUAUGCCAGGGCUCCUGAACCACUUUGAGUUCCAGCACUCUCUGCACGUUUACCAGUUGGAUUCUACUGUAAGCAAAAGCUCUCCCUUCUCCACCUAUAAAAUGACUGCGGUGUUGGAAGACCAUUGCUAUUGGAAGGCCGGUUAGCAUCCAUUUCCUAGAGAAACUUGACCACCAUUUGCUCUGGCAUGGCGCAAAGCGGUCCACAGCUUGAUAUGCAGGUUCUCCUUGACCUCCGACAACGUUUCCCUGAGAUUCCAGAGGGCGUGGUGUCUCAGUGCAUGUUACAGAAUAACAACAACCUUGAAGCCUGUUGCCAAGCCCUUUCCCAGGAGAGUAGCAAAUACUUAUAUAUGGAAUACCAUAGUCCAGAUGACAACAGGAUGAAUAGAAAUCGCCUUUUGCAUAUUAACCUGGGUAUCCAUUCUCCUGGUAGCUACCACCCAGGAGAUGGAGCGCAACUUAAUGGUGGUCGAACACUGGUACAUAGCUCAAGUGAUGGACAUAUUGAUCCACAACAUGCACCAGGUAAACAGCUGAUAUAUUUAGUUCCGGAACCUCACUCGGCCCCAGCUGUUGUGGCUGCUACUCCCAACUACAAUCCAUUUUUUAUGAAUGAACAGAACAGAAGUGCAGCCACUCCUCCUUCACAGCCACCUCAACAACCAUCUUCCAUGCAAACAGGAUUGACUCCAUCUGCUAUGCAAGGGCCUUCACCACCACCGCCGCCACCUCCUUCAUACAUGCACAUACCUCGGUAUAGUACAAAUCCAAUUACUGUUACAGUAUCCCAAAACCUCCCUUCUGGACAGACUGUACCAAGAGCUUUACAAAUUCUUCCACAAAUUCCAAGCAAUCCCUAUGGGUCUCCUGGUUCUAUUUAUAUUAGACAGACAUCUCAGAGUCCAUCAGGAAGACGAACUCCUCAGAGUACCCCAUGGCAGUCCUCACCACAGGGCCCAGUGUCUCAUUAUAGCCAGCGUCCUCUACCUGUUUAUCCGCAUCAACAGAACUAUCAGCCUUGUCAGUAUUCUCCCAAACAACAGCAGAUCCCUCAACCUGCUUACCAUUCGCCGCCUCCUUCUCAGUGUCCUUCACCCUUCAGCUCUCCACAGCAUCAAGUGCAGCCUUCACAAUUGGGCCACCCAAGUUCCCACGUCUUUAUGCCACCUAGUCCUUCAACUACUCCACCUCAUCUGUAUCAGCAAGGACCUCCUAACUAUCACAAACAGGGAAACCAUUCAGUAGCUUAUCUCCCAUACACAACAUCUAGCUUACCCAAAGGACCCAUGAAGAAGAUAGAAAUCACAGUUGAACCCUCUCAAAGGAGUCCUUCACCUAUCAGUAAUCAGCCGUCUCCACGGAAUCAGCACUCACUGUACACGGCCACCACUCCACCUUCAAGUUCUCCUUCAAGAGGGAUAUCCAGUCAACCAAAACCUCCCUUUAGUGUCAAUCCUUUGUAUAUUACAUACACACAGCCAACUGGACCUUCAUGCGCUCCAUCACCAUCUCCUCGGGUGAUACCAAACCCAACUACAGUUUUUAAAAUUACCGUAGGCCGAGCAACGACUGAAAAUCUUUUAAAUCUAGUGGACCAAGAAGAACCUUCUGCAGCCCCAGAACCUAUUCAGCCCAUUUCAGUGAUACCAGGCUCGGGGGGAGAAAAGGGAAGCCAUAAGUAUCACAGGAGCUCUAGUUCUGGAUCAGAUGACUAUGCCUAUACACAAGCUUUGCUGUUACACCAGCGAGCAAGGAUGGAGAGGUUAGCAAAGCAAUUGAAACUUGAGAAAGAGGAGUUAGAGCGAUUGAAGGCUGAAGUUAACGGUAUGGAGCAUGACCUAAUGCAGAGACGGCUCAGAAGGGUCAGCUGCACCACUCCGAUUCCAACGCCUGAGGAAAUGACAAGAUUGAGAAGCAUGAACAGACAACUCCAGAUAAAUGUUGACUGUACACUGAAAGAAGUUGACCUCCUUCAAUCUAGAGGAAACUUUGAUCCAAAAGCCAUGAAUAAUUUUUAUGACAACAUAGCACCUGGCCCAGUGGUACCACCCAAGCCAUCUAAAAAAGAUUCAUUAGACCCCUGCACAGUUGAGAGGAAAGCCCGAAGAAUUAGCGUGACCUCCAAAGUACAGGCAGACGUCCAUGACACCCAGGCAGCAGCUGCAAAUGAGCGUCUACCUGGCUCCAAACACAAUCCUCACACACAACCCCGAGAUGAAGACUAUGAAGGGGCGCCAUGGAAUUGUGACAGCUGCACCUUUCUGAACCACCCAGCACUAAAUCGCUGUGAGCAGUGCGAGAUGCCCCGGUAAACCUGAGUUCAGAAGAGUCUGCACCAAGUUGACAGUGAAACGGAGUGACCAUUAGAAGAGAAGGAAGCGCGGGGGUCUCCACCUGUCCAGCCUUUCCAUUUCAGAUUACAUAGGGGGAGGAGGGAUGGCACUGUAGCUGCCGGUGCUCACUACAGGAAACAUGGGGAGGGGUUUUUUCUCUUUCUUAACUCAUUACAGAGUGAGACAGAAAGGGAUACUUGAAACUGGGAAAGGAUUUAUUCCUGAAAGAAUGUACACAGAGAAGCCAAGAGCUCUUCUGUGGAAUCCCAAUUGUUCAAGUUACUGCUGAGUGGCCCUUAUUUUAUAAACUAGAACUUCGAAUCAUAGUGUGACAUGUUACAGUUUAUGCAGGCAAACUGUGAAUCCCCAGAGCAGACUUACCUGGUCAAAGCUCUGGAAAACCAAGGCUCCCCAUGCUUUUUCCUGUUGCUUCCUACUGAAGAGAAGGACAGGAAAAAGCACUCAGAAUAUGAUUGGGAGGGUGGGGGCAAUAAUAAGGGUAUUUGUAAUUGCUGCUUUUUUUCAGGGGCAAUUUCCAACACACAAACAAGAUGUUUUAAAAUGUGAUUUGCAGUAGUCACGAAUUAAGCAUAUUGUGCCCUUUGUCAAAAGUACAAUCAGAAGUGAUGAGAUCCCUUUUGCUUGUACAAUGAUUCAUCAAGGUAUAUCAACACUGGUAACUAAGACCUAAUUGCGCCACAUAAUAGAUAUAUUUUUUAAGUUACUGCAUGCUUUUAUUAGGUCAUUGGUUUUAAAAAUAACAAGUCCUUACAAAGUAUGAUUUUAUGAAUGACCUUCUCGUAAAUCUGUGCUUUGCCAGUAGCACAGUGAAUGUAUGCCAAAUGUAAACCCAUUCCAGAAUCCAUUUGGAAAUCUUGGGCUCAGCUGUGGUUCUACAAGAAAUACUUGCAAUGCGUAGGGCCUUUUUUGCCCCCUCCUUUCAGUUUUGUGAGGAAUUCAUGAUGUUUACAGCACAGAUAAUACUUUGUGCCAUAAUCCUAACUUAGGUUAAAAAAAAAAUAUUAGUUCGAUAAAUAUUUAUUUGCACAUACAUUAAUGAACCCAGUGAGGGAAAUUGCAGUUGGUCAGCAUCAUAAAGUUGCACGCUGCAUUACGUGGGGAGGGCGAGAGGGCUGGUCAAGAAAUGUGACUAAGAGCAAGGUGAGUACAGAGGACUUCAAAACUAAGAACAUCUCAGAUUUAACAUCCUGUACUCAGAAAUAACACUGACUUUGUUCCAGGUAGCUCAGGUGAUACUGAAGCACUCUUUAUUUAUGAAACUAGAACUUUAGGGUGUGCGUAACUGAAGAGAGAGAAAAUCGUGAUUCACUAGAAUGCACCACUGGAAAAUUAUUAGUAAGACAUUUAAUUAAGGACUACCAUCGUGGAGAAUUGGAUUUUGGAACCUUCCCCUUAUUUGGGUAAAUAUAACAGCAGUAAAAUCGGUAGGCUUUCUAAUCCUUAAGGAUUUUUCCUGAGGUUAUAACUUUAGGAAUAUCCACACGC